AUGUUUCGAUACUCGUGUAAAUUUACAAUCAAUAUACUCCUACUGGCCUCGCUUCGCAUCGGGGAGCCAUUUCGUCUGCUGAACGCCGGUGUGGAACUCCACGACGGAUUGGCGCCUUAUGAGGUAGGCCUUGUCGGGCGAGUGGAGGACCCCAAGACUACCACGCCGGAGCAUGCAUCACUUCUGACUGCAGCGGAGCAGGUAUUUGCAACUAUACCACUGGUCUUUGUGAGUGUCAAUCUCAGCGAACUGGUGGCGACUGCUCGAUUCCAAAAUGCGCUACGUUCGACCCUCUUUGCACUGAAUGCACAACGCAGGGGUGUACGAGAUGCGCAGAAGGUUAUCGAGUUGACAAAAUGCCGACGAGUGAUAGAUCCUGAACUAUCGCAAGACGAUUUAAGGGAGCUAUCAUCGGACCUUCGGUAUAACACGCAGCAGUUAGAAUACUUCGAUGACUCGGAAUCAUUUCGGCUAGCGCCGAAUGUCAGCCUAAGUGAGCCUCUCCACGAGAGAACGACGCGCUGCGAACAGGGGCGCGCCGGAAGCCCCGCUUGGAAUUGUACGAAGAUUUCAGACGAACUAAAACAUGUCCUUUGUGGCCACGAGGGGACCUUUGCUUGGUCCAGUUCCUCCUACGCUGUUGCCGAAACGGCGCAGACUAUUCGCCUGGCUGUGCGGCGGACAGGUGGUGGGGUAGGGUCAGUCAGUGUGCGCUACGCAAUACGGCACAUCACAACUGACACUAGCGAUCUAAGUCCUACGGCCGCGUAUACACUAUCGACUGUGCUACAGUUCGAUGCCGGUGUCACCGAGCUCAGCUUCCUUCUGACUGUGCACGAUGACCGUUCUUUCGAGGGCAAUGAGGUCGCAGUCGCCGAGCUGACAAGUCCCAGAGGAGGAGCCACAAUAGGUGCGCAGCGGAGGGCAACUAUCACAAUAGUCGAUGAUGAUUCCCCUCACGCCAGUGCUCAACACUCUCGUGUUGUGGGUGCCUCGCGAGGUAUUGCUGGUACCAGUUCGCAGACAGUCGUUCUUGCAUACUCGGGAACAGGCAUCAAGAUGCAUACCGGAGGUGACAUCUUUGAUGUCAAUUUUGAGCCGUUGUUCUUUUCCUUUGUGUCACGUGGGGAAACAAAAAAUCGCAAGUACUUGAGACUACCAUAUGCUAGCGAGCUCAGCAGAUUUGACACCACCAUCCAUGAUGUCGGGAAUGGAACUUACUUUGGGUGGUGGAAUGGAACAAAGGUGGGAGUAUACAAGCAGCACACAUCGGUGGUAGCAUUGGGCGGCCUGUGUGGUGAAUACUACCAAAACACGAAGCUCUGGGCAAAGGAAGCCGUGGUACGUACAGAUGCACAAAUAAAAUUUCGCUGGGAGUACGGAUAUCUUAAAGUGGGUGAUUCGCCACAGAUUGAACUGGGACUGGACACUAAUUUUGUGCGGUGGAGUGGUCGGUUGUGUCCAAGCUACAGUGAGCCCUACUUUCUGUAUGUAACUACUCUUGGUGAAGGAACUGGUGUGCGACUCUGGUUUGACGGCAGGCUGAUAGCGGAUUCCUGGAGAGCUCGGAAUUAUCCAGAGUUUGGGUUGAAGGUGCCCAUACAUUCCAAGGCGGGUCAUUUGCACUCGAUCGUCCUCGAAUUGCGCCUCUCUCGUCCUGCUCAAGGAUGUUUUCUUGGUGGCAGGAAAAGAGACCUAGUUGGGUGUAAUAAGGGCAUUUCACUUGAAUGGUCGUCGACAUCCACAUCACGUACGAUUAUUUCCCCUGAUUAUUUGUUCUUGAGUAGAGCCUUCAUCGACGGGCAUCCGGCGCAUCUUGUCAAAUUCUUGCGAACGCGCGCUACUACAAUCGGAAGCAUUGUGGAUGCAGGGAAUGGGACUUAUUUUGCAUUUGUGCGGCCAAAAAUUUCUGGGGUUCAUGAACUUGCUGUGACCAUACAUGACCUUCAUAUCAAAGGGUCGCCUUUCCUGCACGUGGUAGAAUCAAACGCCGCGGUGGCGUAUGCUAGCAGUGCAGAUUGGGGCCCAGGACUUGAAACGGCGACAGUAAAUGUAGCCACGAACUUCACUGCGACUGCCCGUGAUGCGUACGGGAAUUCCGUUUUGGGGGAAGACGAAUACAUUUCUUGUGGGAUAAUCUCUGAUACAAAUGGCUCGUGCAGCAACUCGUUUGGAAACGGCUCUACAAUUUGUACGUACACUCCACUUAAGAGCGGUCAAGCUGAACUCGAGGUAAGGUACAGGGGUGCUCAUGUCAUGGGUUCCCCAUUCAGAGUGCACAUAAGCGAUGGUGCCGUUGCUGGUAACACCACACGGGCAUUUGGUCCCGGGCUCUCGUUUGCAAUCGCAGGCCAGCUUACUAAUUUUUCCGUAGCCGCAAGUGAUACAGGGAACAACAGAAUCGACGAUGUUGGCCUUUCCCGGGUCUCCAACUUCAGCGCAGUCUUAACGCACAGGGUGCAGACUUCUCAAACAGUGACUGCCCUUGUACACGCCAUGGGAAAUGGAAUCUACUCGUUCGCAUACAAUGCCACUCUUGCUGGCGAGUAUGAUCUGGUGGUGUCGCAAGAAAACGUCGCGCAAAGCCCUUUUUCCUUGUGCCUCCCUUCAAUUACUGCAGCGCGUGUCUUACCAGGGGCCAUCGAUGCAUCACAAUCAUCGCCGGUGGGCAAAGGUGUGGAAAUGUAUGUAGUUGCAUGUGCCCGUGCCCCUGUCGUUGUCCACCCGCGGGACAGUCAUUGUGGGCGGUGGCGCCCCCAACGGCUCGACUGGGGUCCGCUACGAAACAAUCGAGGUAUGCUCGUCCCCAAUCCCACUGAUACCAAGAUUAGCGUUGGUGCAUUGCGGCUGCUUUUUGAAGGUGCAUUCUCCCCAAACGCCCCUGAUCUCCUCCACGUGUAUGAGUUGACUUACUUUCACAAACGCGGAGCUGAUGCCUUCCUCCGGUUGAGUUGGGCACGAACAUCAGAAUCACAACCCACAAUGAUCCCAGCGCGGGCAUUUUUCAGGGCGUCCGCACUCGGGAGCGCCAGGAUUGAGGUGGAUAUUUCACCCGGAUCAGCCUCGGGCGAGACGUCAACGCUCGCGAGCGCACCUCGAACGCACACGGCUGCAGCUUGGGACAGUAUAGGCAUCGUGGAGAUCCGUGAUUCCUGUGCAAACUUGCGCCAUCAAGGGGGUGAUGCGCUGGCUGUGUUUGCCGAGGGCCCCGAUGAUGUACGAAUAGACGCGCCUCUGACUGACCAUGGCAAUGGAACCUACGAGCCGCUGAUAUUCGCCAUGGUAUCUGGAACUUACACGAUCAGUGCAGUUGUUGGAUUGCCCCGUGCCAGGGCUCAUUUUACUCUCACCUCCAACUCGCAAACAGAGAUCGAGUCCACAUUUCGUGAAGCACACGUGGUUGGAUCACCUUGGAAGGUCAAAAUCCUUCCAGGUGUCAUAUCAAGACAUACCACCUCGGUAAGCGGUGAGGAGCUUGCAGCAGGCGUCGCAGCAGGCAACCCUGUUCUUCUGACACUGAAUACUCGCGAUGCGGCCUACAACUCCCUAGCAAACUUGUCCAGCGCGGAGGUAGCUAGGUUUUCUGCUACGCUCACAUUGCAAAAAAAUGCGGCGCAAGAAGCAAAAGUUAAGGCCAACAUCAUCCCGCUGGACGGUGGGACAGCAACACAAGGCCAGUACGCAGUCAACUUUAUUCUCAGCGCAGCCGGAACUCAUCGGUUGUGGGUAUCGCUGGAUGGAAUGUUGAUCGCAAGAAUGCCGCAGGAAAUUAUCUGUCGUCCAGGUCGAGUAAGCCCGUCAUGGAGCGGAGUCUCUGGUAAUCUGCCGCGAACCACCGUAGCUGCAGAGCAGUCGGCCCCAGAUCACCACUUCAUCGUUCGAGCUCGUGACAGCUUUGGAAAUGCAAUUGCGACUGGCGGCGAGGCGUUUCGAGUUCAGCUGCGUGGAGCGAGAUCGGCUAGAGGGAUUGCGGACGAUAGAGGAGAUGGCACGUAUGCCAUACGCUACAGCACUGCACAUCUUGAGCCGGGCAUAUACAACGUGCACGUUGAUCUUGCCACACGCAUCUUCAGCACAAGACGAGUCGUGGCGGGGGGGGGCGGGUUGACCGCCGCAUAUUUCGCAAAUGGAGGUUUCUUUGGAGAGCCCGCCGCUGUUUAUCAAGAAGUAGGGCCUAUCAUGCACGAUUGGGGCGAUGGAGAGCUUGUCGCUGGCGCUGUUGAUUAUGUUUCCAUCCGCUGGACCGGCUUGCUCGCGUCCCCGCGAACUGCACUGUUUACACUUGAUUUGAGAAUUUCAGACUCGAAUGACGCAGCACGCGUCUAUGUCGAAGGGGUUCUUGUCGCCGAGGCCAUAGGUGGCACUCUCGUCGGAAGUGGUCAGGUUUAUCUUCUCAGGGGGGCUCUACACGCAAUCACAGUCGAAUAUCACGAAUCAAUCGGGACGGCUGCCAUAGCCCUGGCAUGGUCAAGUCGGGAGGUGUCACACCAGCCCAUUGCUUCUUACUACUUAUACCCAAGCUGGAUGCCCAUUGACGGCAGUCCUUUUGCCCUUGAGCUUUCAUCACGCAAUAAAAGCGCCUAG